CACCCUUGAAGCGGUGCCAGUUGCGCUGUAUAUUAGUAGGAAGAGAGAGGCGUCCGUGGUCCAGGAGGAGUUGCGGUAAGGUUAACAGCAGCAUCUUAGCCAGAACGGCAACGAGGAGGAAAGGGAGGUGAAUUAUACUUCCUUUAACAUAGUUGUGGGACAGGUAACUGGUGAAUAUUGGAUCGUGCUUCUCUCGAUGAGUAGUGGUAGCCGGGGGGUGAACAUUUAUGUGGAGUCCUUGUCUAUCGAGAGUACACGGCGAGGCAGCUAGCAAGCAAUUUAGCCUUCUACAUGUUUGCCUCGGCUGCCUUUUGUUGAUACAAACCGAACCGCCUCUUUAGUAAGAAGCGCUUAGCGCUGUUCAUUGCCCAUUUUUUUUUUACAUUUCCUCAUUUUUCUUUUUUAAACGCUUGCUCGCGGCAGGUCUUUUUUGGGGAGGGAGGUUGAAACUAGGCUAGGAGUUGGGAGCUGUGCUGUGUUCUAGCGCACACACGCGUGUACCCGCUUGUUCACUCUUGUGUUCAUCAUCAGCACCAUGUCUUCAUCACCUACACCACCCGCCCUGGAAGGAAACGCCGCAUCCGAGAGCGAUGGGCUGGCCGUGGACGCGGGUCUGAAGCCCGCCGGUCCCACACCGAGCCAGAGCCGGUUCCAAGUAGACCUUGUUACUGAGGCAGCCGGCGCCGCCGCCGCCGCCGCACAUGAUAAAUCGCCCAACUCCGAUGCCUCUACCAUCCCAACAAAUGACAAAGCCACGCCCGUUGCCGAUGGAGCCGACGGGGCCGGUGGGGAUGAAGGCAAGAGCCGAUUUCGAGUGGUAAACUUUGCGGAUCCGAGUGAAGCCGGUAGCCCCCUGGACGCCGGUCCGGCUGAGGGUCUGCAGAACGGGGACACUGUGAUGAGCGAGACCAGUCUGCAUUCAUCGACAGGAGGGCAACAUCACUACCACUACGACACCCACACCAACACCUAUUAUCUGAGAACUUUUGGCCACAACACCAUUGAUGCGGUUCCCAACAUCGACUUCUACCGCCAGACCGCCGCGCCGCUGGGGGAGAAGCUGAUCCGACCCACGCUGUCAGAGCUGCACGACGAGCUCGACAAGGAACCCUUUGAUGAUGGCUUCGCCAACGGCGAGGAGCUCAGCCCGGCCGAGGAGGCGGCCGCCAAAGAAGCCGCCGAGUCCAAGGGCGUGGUCAAAUUCGGUUGGAUCAAGGGCGUGCUGGUGCGGUGCAUGCUGAAUAUCUGGGGUGUGAUGCUCUUUAUUCGCAUGUCAUGGAUUGUGGGCCAGUCAGGAAUAGUUUUGUCCUGUUUAAUUGUCCUGAUGGCCACUGUUGUGACAACAAUCACCGGCCUUUCCACCUCAGCCAUCGCCACCAACGGUUUUGUACGAGGAGGAGGUGCAUAUUAUUUGAUAUCGAGAAGUUUGGGCCCAGAGUUCGGAGGCUCCAUCGGUCUGAUCUUUGCGUUCGCCAACGCCGUGGCUGUCGCCAUGUACGUGGUGGGCUUCGCAGAGACGGUCGUCGAGCUUCUCGCUGGUGUCGACGCUCUCAUGACGGAUCAACUCAACGACAUCCGAAUCAUCGGCACGAUCACCGUCAUCCUGCUCCUUGGCAUCUCGGUGGCAGGAAUGGAGUGGGAGGCCAAGGCCCAAAUCUUCCUGCUCUUCGUCCUCAUCACUGCCAUCAUCAACUACUUCAUCGGAAGCUUCAUCACUGUCAAGUCUAAGGAAUCCUAUGGCUUCUUCGGCUACGAUUCGGCCAUUAUGAUGGAAAACAUGGGUCCGGACUUUCGAGGCGAGACGUUCUUCUCCGUGUUUUCCAUCUUCUUCCCGGCCGCCACCGGUAUUUUGGCUGGUGCCAACAUCUCGGGAGAUCUCGCCGACCCCCAGUUGGCUAUCCCCAAAGGCACCCUGCUGGCCAUCCUGGUCACCGGCAUCGUCUACCUCGGAGUCGCCAUCUCCACAGGUGCAUGCAUCGUUCGAGACGCCACCGGCUCUCUGAACGACACGGUGAGCUCUAUGUUCAUGGCCAACUGCACCGACGCCGCCUGCAAGAUGGGCUACGACUUCUCCUCCUGCAAGGACCCCAAGACGCCCUGCCAGUACGGGCUCCAAAACGACUUCCAGGUGAUGAGCAUCGUGUCAGGCUUUGGUCCCAUCAUCACAGCCGGGAUCUUCUCUGCCACCCUGUCCUCUGCCCUGGCCUCUCUCGUCAGUGCCCCCAAAGUCUUCCAGGCUUUGUGUAAAGACAACAUCUAUCCCGGCCUGAGCAUGUUCGCAAAGGGCUACGGCAAGAACAACGAGCCCCUCCGAGGCUACAUCCUCACCUUCUGCAUCGCCCUGGCCUUCAUCCUCAUCGCCGAGCUGAACAUCAUCGCUCCCAUCAUCUCAAACUUCUUCCUGGCUUCCUACGCCCUGAUCAACUUCUCUGUGUUCCACGCCUCCCUCGCCAAUUCACCAGGAUGGCGUCCUAGCUUCAAGUACUACAACAUGUGGGUCUCCCUGGCGGGGGCCAUCUUGUGCUGCGGCGUCAUGUUCGUCAUCAACUGGAUGGCGGCGCUGCUCACCAACACCAUCGUCAUGGGCCUGUACAUCUACGUCAGCUACAAGAAGCCAGAUGUGAACUGGGGCUCGUCCACCCAGGCCCUGACCUACCACCAGGCGCUGACCCACACGCUGCACCUCAGCGGAGUGGAGGACCACAUCAAGAACUUCAGGCCCCAGUGUUUGGUGAUGACUGGCUACCCCAACUCUCGCCCCGCCCUGCUGAACCUGGUGCACAGCUUCACCAAGAACGUGGGCUUGAUGAUCUGUGGCCACGUUCGCACCGGAUCCCGGCGGCCCAACUUCAAGGAGCUGGCGGCUGACCACUCGCGCUUCCAGCGCUGGCUGCUCCGGAACGAGACCAAGGCCUUCUACACGCCCGUGUUCGCCGACGACCUGCGACAGGGCACUCAGUAUCUGCUGCAGGCCGCUGGACUGGGCCGCCUGCGCCCCAACACCCUGGUGUUUGGCUACAAGAACGACUGGAGGGACGGGGACAUGAUGAACGUGGAGACCUACAUCAACAUGAUCCACGAUGCCUUCGACUUCCAGUACGGUGCCGUCAUUCUGCGCCUGAAGGAAGGACUGGAUGUCUCCCACAUUCAGGGACAAGACGAGCUGCUGUCGUCUCAGGAGAAGACCUCCGCUGUGAAGGACGUUGUGGUGUCCAUAGACAUGAGCAAGGACUCUGACGGAGACUCCUCCAAACUCUCCUCCAAGGCCACGAGUCUGCAGAACAGCCCCGCCGUUCAAAAAGAUAAGAAGAGCCCGUCCAUGCCGCUGAACGUGUCCGACCAGAGGUUACUGGAGGCCAGCCAGCAGUUCCAGAAGAAGCAGGGCAAGGGCACCGUGGAUGUGUGGUGGCUGUUUGACGACGGAGGCCUGACUCUGCUGAUCCCCUACCUGUUGAUCAACAAGAAGAGGUGGAAGGACUGCAAGAUCCGCGUCUUCAUCGGAGGCAAGAUCAACAGGAUUGACCACGACCGCAGAGUCAUGGCGACCCUCCUCAGCAAGUUCCGUAUCGACUUCUCUGACAUCACCGUCCUUGGGGACAUUAACACCAAGCCAAAGAAGGAGAGCAUCACCGCGUUCGAGGACAUGAUCGAGCCGUACCGGCUGAAGGAGGACGACAUGGAGCAGGAGGCGGCGGAGCGGCUGAAGAACAGCGAGCCCUGGAGGAUCACCGACAACGAGCUGGAGCUGUACCGCGCCAAGACCAAUCGCCAGGUCCGCCUGAACGAACUGCUCAAGGAACACUCCAGCACCGCCAACCUCAUCGUCAUGAGCAUGCCUCUGGCCAGGAAGGGCACAGUGUCCAGCGCCCUCUACAUGGGCUGGCUGGAGGUGCUGUCCCAGGACCUGCCCCCCAUCCUGCUAGUGCGUGGAAACCACCAGAGCGUGCUCACCUUCUACUCCUAGGACCGCCGCCGCCGCCGCCACCGCCGCCCGACACACCGCCCACCUCCACCCCAACAAAACACUAUCUCUCCACCUGCACAGCAGACCUGGGGUGGACCCUCGCCGCAUCAAAGGUUCACCGUGUAUACAUACAUAUAUAUAUAUACAUAUAUAUAUAUAUAUAUUAUAAAUAGAAUUCCUGUACACUCCAAACCAUGGUAGGGUCCAGGCAGCCAUUAAUAAGAAUACUUUUGUUUGAAUAAGGAAAGAGCGCACUUACUGAGUUAUACUACGAUUUAAAACCCAGCUCCAGUGACGCCACACUCGCUACUGCGUGGCCCCGGCUGGUAUAAAUGUGACUUCUACUUUUUCUGUUCUUUCCCCGCAGACCCCCGACAUAGGGGCGGGGGGGGGGGGGGGGUUUGAGUGACUAAAGGUUAGUUUUAGUCAGGCAUUGUUGGUGUGUCUCUGGAGUUGUUCUCAGACAGAAUGAGAGGGGAACGGUUCCACGUUUUGAUGAGGGUUCGUGCACAACGUCACAUCGUUCAUGUCCUUCUUUCGAUUAUCUUGAUGUCACGGUUCUAUUUUCUCCACUUCGUUUUUUUGUCAUUGUAAUGCAGCAAUAAACUGUGUUACAGUUUGAGGCUUCGGAGGAGAACCAUGCAGAAUGCUUUCCAAAAAACACUUUUUAAAAGCCUUAUGGAUGUGCCUUCCAGUUGAAUCUGAUUUAAACGAUGGAUCUCAGUCCAUGUCGAGAUGUAUUGGUGGUUAACGCAUACUUUUGUAACUGGUGAUUUUAAAUGUGAUUUUAUUUAGUUUUAGCGUUUCUUUUUUGAGAGUUGUAUUUAUGAGUGGCUUGCAUGACUUUAGUGAAAGAGUGUCCAAUUAAUCCCCUGAAUAGCUUUCCCCCCUCCCUAUCUGAUUUCUCUUCCUUAUCCUUAUCCUUCUUGAUUUCUUGUUACUUUACGAAGUCGUUUUUAUCCAGUUUUAAGUCUUCCUUUUCUAUUUAUUUUUUAAAAUACUGUCUAAUGAAAUGGGUCAAUUCUCGGUGCACUAAUCCCAGCCGAAGGGGCCCCGUGUGGGCCCUGACGUUGGGUCUUUAGGAGGAGCUCCACGAAGGUCAGACAGCGAAAGGUCCUGCUGUGUCAGGAACCACCAAGUCUCACACACACGCUUGAUAAUCUCACACGCCGCCACAUAGCUGCUUGUAAAUACCAUUUAGUUAAUUCAGUGUUCGUUCCUUACCGUUAUGUCAUCGAUGUUGAGGGGGCUGGGGGGUUCUUCCAUCCGGACAGUUAGACUUACAAACUUGCCUUAAUGCUAGAAUUAACAUCUUUUCAUAGUUGCUUUUUCUCUUAUAAGCCAUAGUGGCUCAACGAACAGGUUCCUGUAGUUACUGAGUGAUUAUUAAUGUGUGAGGGGAGAACAUGACGUGCCGUGGCCCGCGUGUUUCAGCGUGUUUGUACAUACCACUUAGCGUAGCUCCAUUUCACACCUGCUCAUCUCAACGGUUUCUGUUACAGUGGGACAACCAGAAUGUGAUUUUUGUUGCCCUUUCAGGCUUGCCUGUUUGUCUAUAAAGUUUGGCUUCAUUGACUUGUCUAAUUGUGUUGAAUGCUAUUAACUCAUUUACUGUAGACCACGGCAUCGAACGGCGUUCCCAUCCCUGCCGUUCCCGCCCACACGCUAGUUCACGGUGAGGCUGAUUAACUUCCCGUGACGUUGUCCAACGCUAGCUCACGGUUUGAGUCCGGCAGUUUUUUUUUCCGUUGUCUCAUUUCGACGUUCGUCUCACCGUUCCUCUGAGGUAUAGAAUGGGGUUGAUUGUCUGUAUUAAAACGGCACAUUUAAUGUUGUGCGCGCUGGAAUGAGAAGAAUGUGUUUGUCGAAGCAGGAAUGUUUGGAAAAGGUUGCUUCUGAAGAUAUACCUCUAUGUACAUGAGCUAGUGGUGUACCCGAACGGACUGCUUUCCAAUCCUCGGUGUGGGAAAACGUCUGUUUCGUCUGAACUUCAGAUUUCCACCAAGUGAAUAAAUUCACACGAUUUUCUUUCUUUCUUUUCUUUUAUUUUUGGAGUGACUUGGAUCUUAAAAAAAAAAAAAAGUAGCCUAGGAUAUCGGUAGCCUAAAACAAAAGUACUAUAUUCAUUAAGAUAUCAUUUAUUGAUUUUAUUUUCUUCUUUCCCUAUUCUCCAUAGAUUUUAUUAUAUUUUAGUCGAUCUUCAUAUAGGCCCCUUUUUCUUAUAUGCAAUCAAUAUGAUGUGUCACAGUUUGAGGUGAAAGCAACUGUUACAUUUACAAAUGGAAGAUUCCGAGCACAUACUUCGAUAAUGGAGGACGUUUUAAAGAGAGGGGUUCAGUUCCAGGCCUAUUUGGGAUCAACUGCUGUGUUUUGGGGAGUUCAAUGUAUAAACUGCCAUACGUUACGACCACAUCCCACCAUUCUGUGUCUGUGUCCAGAGGAUACGAAUGUAAUAAAAACACAUUUUAAAGGAUGUGGAGGAAUGUAAGCGCUUUUAUUUUAUUAUAAAGAAUCAACAGGGUCUUAAAGGAUCUGUGCAGUGACACUCAUCCGCCAACAUUGUUACAAAGUGACAUUAACACACAAACGAAACAAAAGAAAAAAACACGGGUUACUUACUACUAUACUUGUAUAUUUAACUCCAUACACACACAAUCGCAUAACCAAGACGAUGUCAGCUGUGAGGUAGCCUACUUGAAGCUGAAGGGGGAAAACGUUGUCUUUGAUAUGUAUUAUUAAACACGAUUAUAUAUGUCAAACCAAAUAAUGUCUUGUGUUUGUGUGCACUGUUUCGUCAUGAAUAUAUAUAUAUAGACUGAAAAUGUGCAUUGAGGCACAGGUACUUGAUUGACCGUAGCGCGCUCGUACUAAGCCAGAUCGACACUACUACUGCUGUUACUACUGUGCUUUGUUUUUUUCAGAACCAAAUGUCACCUGCGCUUGUGUCAUCCAUGCAAUGUUUAUUGCAGGGUUUUUUAAUUUUCUGUUUUGCCAUUUGCCAUUCUUUCCAUCGAAGCUCCCCUCCUCUCAUCCGUUGAUAUUGAGCCAUCAUGUGGAAUGUAGAAUCUAAAUAAUCAACCAUUUUUCUCAAGACCGUCACUUUCUAGUAAACACUGCAAACAUGAUAUACCUGUAAAUAUGCUUCGUAGUGGACAUGCAUAAAUUAAGGGAGUUUCAAUUAAAUAGCACAUGGUAUUUAUUUUACAUUGUUUAAUUUAGUAUAAUUUUACAACAAUUUUUUUCUUUCUUUAUAUAUAUAUAUAUAUAUAUAUACAUAUAUUGGUUUUGGUUUGAAAUUAAUUUGCAUGUUGGUUUGUUUUGUCUUUCAAAUUUGUCUUCAGUCUUUUCCCUUCAGUCCAUAUUAAUCUUGAAAUACCUUGGAAGAAAAGCUAUGAUGACAUCCACAGUGCAAAGGUGUAUUCCCCUGCCGUCCCACUGCAGGAGCUGGGAAACACCCAGGCAGUUGAAACAGUCAUGUUUUGAUACGCUGUACUGUAGACAUGGAUAACAUUACAUGGAUAUGUCAUGGAUAGGCUUUUUCUAACAUUGAUGAUAAUCAAUACUUUGUACAUCUUUAUUGCAAUAAAUCAAUCAAAUGGAAUCAAU